AUCGAUAGUGGUGAAAUUCACUUGAAAUUGAGACUGGUGUUUCGUCUCACGCAAAAACCAGCAUCGAUCGUGAUUACAAUAAGGAGGUAAUCCGAUUAAUAAAUUUACCCGACAAGUGCCCGAACAAGAUAACUUCUUCAAACAAACGCUGCUGCGGAUUCAAAGAAUCUCCAGGAUUUACAGGAGCUAAAGGUGUUUCUCAGGAGUAAUAGUCAAAAAAGAAGAAGAAGAAGAAGGAUAAGAAAAAGAGAUGCCAAUUCACUACACCGCCGAAGAAGUGUCCAAGCACAACCACAAGGAAGAUCUGUGGAUCAUUAUUCACAAUGGAAUCUACGACGUGACGAAUUUUUUGAAGGAACACCCCGGGGGCGAGGAAGUCCUGCUGAAUCUUGCGGGUGAAGACGGAACCGAAUGUUUCGAGGCGAUUGGGCAUUCGCCGGAGGCGAAGCACCUCCGGAAAAUGUAUAAAAUCGGUGACCUCGCGGAUUCCGAGUCGGAUAAGCCGGAGCAAGGAUCUACGGUGAAACCCGCGAUGACCACGACCCAGGCUAUUAUCGCCGACGAAGAACCUUGGGACUAUGUCGAGCACAAAGAAGAGUCUUCGCCCUGGAUUCUAGUAUUCACAGGUCUAGCUGUCCUCGUCUAUGCGAUUAUCUUCUAUUACGUAUUUUGAGAUCGCAUUUUUUUCAACAAGAAUCUCAAGCUUUAGACGUACUCACAUUAUUGUGCACGGUGUCC